ACUAUUUUGAUAUGACCUUGCUUUUCUUCAGACGCAGUGCGGCUUGUUCUUUGCGUAUUUUGACAGAUAUGUUUUCAGCUGGGUAUUCAUCCGAGCAGACGGACUGCAUUGACAUUUAAACCUUACAAUGGAUUGGGAGCUCGUCGUCGGAAAAAUCAUAAAUAACGUCUUAUGUGCCCAAUUUUAGUAAACCCCCGAACUUUUAUCGAAAUUAAGACCAAAUUGGCGGCUUCAACGUACGCCGAAUUUACCAGAACACCUUGACAAUGCCAAAACACUUUGUUCAUGUCCUAAGAUUGGUACGUUUCCUGGUGUGCAUAGCAGGCUGUUAUUUGAGUGGCGCUUUGUAAAGGGAGUUUGGUGUUACGUUUCGGAGCUAGCUUGUUUGCGGUUCCAGAGACUGGACAGCUCCUCCCUGGACAAACAGCAGCUCGUAGCAUCAACUGCAAGGACAGCCUUUGUGAUGACCGUAACGGAAUGCAGCUGGGCGUCCACAGCAGCACACCAGGUCAUAAAACAACGUGGAGAGCGGGGUGUUUGGAAGGCGUUCACGGGCGCCAGGUUUACGUCCACUCGCGUUUUGUUGUGUUCGGUGAUGAAGAAGGUCACGUCCUGAACGGUACCGCCGUGUGUUGUAAGGCCCCUGUGCGAUCAUAAUCAGCCAUGGCCUCAGCGAAUGUAACACUGGAGAACCAGCUGCACAGCGCGCAGAAGAACCUCCUCUUCCUGCAGCAGGACCACGCCAACACGCUGAAGGGGCUGCACGCAGAGAUCCGCAGACUACAGCAGCAGUGCACAGACCUGACGUAUGAGCUCACCGUGAGAAGCUCCGACCCCUCAGACAGCGGCGAGGCCCGAUGCAGGGAGCUGCAGAGGAGGUGCGAGGAGCUGGAGGCUCAGCUGAAGAAGAAGGAGGAGGAGAACACAGAGCUGCUCAGGGACCUGGAGCAGAAGAACGCCAUGAUCUCCGUCCUGGAAAACACCAUCAAGGAGAGGGAGAAGAAGUACCUGGAGGAGCUGAAGAUGAAGAGCCACAAGCUGGCUGUUCUGUCCGGGGAGCUGGAGCAGAGAGCGAGCACCAUCGCUUACCUCACCUCUCAGCUUCACGCCACCAAGAAGAAGCUGCUCGCCGGCAGUUCGUCUGAGGCCAGCCCCAACGUCAGUCCGGUGACCUCGUACAAGCCCACGCCUCCUCCGGCCAAGGACAGGCAGCCCGAGACCCCGCGGCGCCGCAUGAAGAAGAGCCUCUCCCAGCCUCUUCACCCAGAGCUGACGGAGGUGUAUCGGCUCGGCCCGGACGGCCGACGGCUGGUUCUGCGGGAGCCCGUAGACGCCAUGCCCGACCCCACACCCUUCCUGCAGGCUGGGAGAGAGUCCCCUGAACCGCAGGUGGUGCGAGAACGGCCAGCCGUUAUCCCUCCUAUCGCCUCUGAGCGCUCCCCCGUCGCUCCCCUCGGCGCUAUGGCCAGCCCUCGUCACAGCCCCGCCCGGGACCGUCAGUACAGGGCUCACGUGGGCGUGGCACACCGCAUCCCGCACGACACGCCUCCCCUGGCCCCGCCGCAGGCAGAGCUGGAGACACUCGCAGUGGACCAGGUCAGUGACGAGAAGGUUGUGCGAAAGCGCUCGGGAGCCGACAGGACAGUUUAACACUGCAACACUACCACGCACAUAAACAUAAACAUAAACACACAUACACGCGUAUCUACUGUAUACACACACACUACACUGCAAGAGCAGGAAGAAGCCCAAUCCACUGCAUAGCCUGCUUUUUCACUGCAAUAUAAAAAAAAAAUGCGUUAUCAGUUUGCUCGUCCAUAAAGACUCGUUUUUCUUCCCGUCCAUCAGAGGACGACCACACAGCAUGCCAAACGUUUCUCACUCGCCACACGGUGACGUAUCGUAUUAUACACAUCCUGACUUUCACUUCAUUCUGUCUGACGUGGUGCGCACAACAAAGUCUCAGCCAAAUAAUCUGCAUCAGUGCCUGCUUGAGCAGUUCACCCAAACACAAGCUGUGUAGUGUAGUCACGGCUCACGUCCGCCUGCUCCAGCUGCUCAGCACUCGGACAUAUCAGCAGACCACGUAACGCCACGCCACGCCACGCCCGCGGCUGCAUAGGUGGGGUUCAGAUUAUUAAACCCGUAGCCCCUGAACGUCUGUCAUCUUCUUCUGUAUCAGUAUAAUCGCGUUAGCUGCAGGAGCGUGCAGCUGAAAUCUGCUGGUGAAAGGUGGAGGAGCUGCAGUCUCACCUUUCUUUUGUUGCAGCAGUGGCACACAUAUGACUGCAGUAUGAAAUGAUGGUGAGCAGGUGAGAGUGUGUGUGUGUGUGUGUGUGUGUGUGUGUGUGUGUGGCAGUGAAUGAAGAAGAGAGAAUUAAAAAGGAAUUCUGGUGGUUUUAAACCUGGGCCCCGUGUUCACAUGCUGUGGUGUGUCAGCGAUGGUCCAGUGGAUCAGCUCACACAGCAACACGACCGUCACAAGCUUCAUCCACUGAAAGUGCUUUUGGAGCCACUCGCAGCCUGAGGUUGUUCCUCUGAGAGUCCGACUACAUGACAGAGAGACCUUUUUGUUAAAGACCGCUUUGUCGUUAAACUCGAAACACACGUCUCACUCUGACAUCUCGCGAGUCAGAGUUAGGAGUUCACCGAGAGGACCUGCCAGCAAGAAUUUAUGUCCAGAGUCGAGGCUGUCAGUCUGGGUGAGGAAACGUCACAGCGACGUGUAAUCAGAGGGGCCCACGUUUGAAAACACCAGAAUUCUCCUUUAAGUUUUGGCUUAAACAAUAUCUACUGAUUUUCUUUGUGACACAAAGGCAUUUUUGAAAAUACUGCUGUAAUAUGAUUUUGUGAUAUUAUUAACUAGACUUUAUAAAGGCUGUAAAUUUGUAAUGAAUUCUUUUUUUUAAGUUAUUGUUUAAUAGAGAAGUACCUCAGAUACUGAAGGAAGUUACUGCAGCACCAACACGAUGGUAAUUAUUAUAAUAACCUGCUGUCCACGUUAAUAUCACCUGUCCUGGAAACAUAAAUGAGUACAAUAAAGCAAUGCUUUGUUUUGG